AUGACGAGCCGCGACAAGGCCGGCUGCCCCACGGCCACGCUGCCGCUCGACCGCCUCCUGGCCUCGCUCGCCGCCAACGUGGAGCAGCUCGGCAAGAGGUGGGAGAUCGCCGUCCGCGACCAGAGGGCGAAGGAAAUCAAGAAGAUGGAGGGGAAGAAGGCGGAGAUGGCGCCGGCGGUAGAGCUGCACACGCCGCUCUUCUACGCCACCUGCGCCCUCGGCGGGGUCCUCAGCACCGGCCUCACCCACCUCGCCGUCACGCCGCUCGACCUCGUCAAGUGCAAUAUGCAGGUUGACCCGAACAAGUACAGGGACAUCUCAUCCGGCUUCGGUGUGCUGCUCCAAGAGCAAGGUCUUGGGGGGUUCUUCAAAGGCUGGAUGGCCACGCUGGUUGGGUAUAGUAGCCAGGGAGCCUGCAAGUUUGGGUUCUACGAGUACUUCAAGAAGUGCUACUCGGACAUUGCUGGCCCAGAGAAUGCUGACAGGCUGAAAACUGUGAUCUACCUUGCCGCAUCCGCGUCGGCUGAGGUGAUUGCAGAUAUAGCUCUCUGCCCCAUGGAGGCCGUCAAGGUUCGGAUCCAGACACAGCCGGGGUUUGCUCGAUGCCUGACCGAUGGGCUUCCCAAGCUUGUCCAGUCCGAAGGUGCCUUUGGGCUUUACAAGGGAAUACUUCCUCUCUGGGGCCGCCAGAUUCCUUACACUAUGAUGAAAUUUGCUUGCUUUGAGACCAUUGUUGAGAUGGUGUACAAGCAUGCUGUCCCAAAACCAAAAGACGAAUGCAGUAAACCACUCCAACUAGCAGUGAGUUUCGCAGGGGGGUACAUUGCUGGAGUCUUGUGUGCUGCUGUCUCUCACCCUGCAGAUAACCUGGUGUCUUUCCUCAACAAUGCAAAGGGAGCAACUGUGGCAGAUGCUAUAACAACCCUUGGGCUGUGGGGCCUUUUCACCCGUGGCCUUCCGCUCCGAAUUAUUAUGGUUGGUACUCUUACCGGAGCGCAAUGGGCAACAUAUGACGCGUUUAAAGUAUUUGUUGGACUGCCAACAUCCGGGGGAGUCAGCUCUAGUUAUCGUGCUACCUCUACUUUACACCAAGUCGAUCAUGUAAAGCAGAACUGACCGUUGACAUGAAGGUUUUGUGCUGAGCAACCGGUGCCCCGCCAGCUGCUCCAAUUCUUGCAAGAGCUCAAGCAUCGGAGGGUCAAGUGUUAAAUGAAUGUUGUGACACUCUGUUAGCUGGUAGGAAAUUUCACUUUCAAGGGGUUUUUGUUGCUACCUCUUGGAUGUCGGAACUAGUCUAAUGAACUGAACAAGCUUCAGAGAUUUAUCCGACAGAUCGGCACAAUGGUCUGAAUAUAUUUGGCACAUAAUGGCCUCCUUUGCCGUUGUCUGACUGUCAUUCUUGUUUGUC